AUGAGUACUCGUCGUACGUUCGAUUCCGAGCGUGGCAGCGAAGAAAUCGAUGAGGAGAAGUUGUCUGCUGCCCGCAGAAUUAACUUCUCUGAAGCGGAGGGCAGUGGUCAUGGCUCUCGUUUGAGGCCUACUACUUCCAAUAUCUCGUCGACGGGAUCAAUAAGCAGGAGGUCUGUGGACCCGGCUGUUGCUCUUCCCAUCGAAUAUCGUAGUGUUUCAGUCGCUGUCGAUGACACUAGACAGGAAUAUCAUCUUCCCCAGAAAGUCGCUCGGAAGGACAAGAAGGGAAAGAAGACUGCAGCAGAGAUUGCAGAAUCUGAUUCCCAUACAAUAAGCACCAAUGAACUCCUUCGUCGUUUUUCGACAUCAAUUGAGCAAGGUCUUUCUGCGGAUCAAGUUCAUCGAAAGCUAAAGGAGUAUGGACGCAAUAUGCCAUCGAAACCUCCUUCUCGAUGGGCUAGGAAAAUAUUCGGUUACUUCUUUGGAGGAUUUGGUCUCAUUCUUCUUGUCGGUGCUGUUUUGGUUGCGGUUUGCUACGAGCCUCUCGGGCGUCCUCCUGCCACUGCAAACCUGGCUCUCGCUAUUGUUAUCUUUGUUGUUUUCAUUGCUCAGGCGUUCAUGAAUUUUUGGGCCGACUUCUCGACAAGCCGGGUCAUGGCCUCCAUCACCAACAUGAUCCCAGAUGAUUGUCUUGUGAGGCGCGAUGGUACACAGUUGACAAUAUCAGCGACGGAGCUGGUCCCUGGAGAUGUUGUUUACAUCAAAGCUGGGUCAAAAUUACCAGCUGAUGUGCGUUUCAUCCAAGUUUCUUCUGACGCCAAAUUUGAUCGUUCAGUUCUUACUGGCGAAUCCGUACCUGUUCCCGCCACCCUUGAAUGCACUGACAGGAAUCAACUUGAGACCCGCAAUAUUGGCCUUCAAGGUACCCACUGUGUGUCUGGCAGUUGUUUGGCGAUAUGUGUCGCAACUGGUCCUAGAACUAUCUUUGGUCGUAUCGCAGCCCUCGCCGCCGCUCCAAAUACAGAACGAACCACCCUCCAAAAGGAAAUUCUAAGAUUCGUUGGUAUAAUCAUUUGUCUCAUGAUUAUAUCAAAUGCAAUUGUUGUUGGUCUCUGGGUUGGGUGGCUUCGAAAGGACCACCCUAACUGGAUCAGUGUCCCCGUACUCAUCGUCGAUAUUGUUAGUGUGGCUAUCGCUUUCGUCCCCGAAGGCCUUCCUAUUGCCGUGGUCGCCUGUGCUUCCAUUAUCUCCAAUAUCAUGCGUCAAAACAAAAUCCUCUGCAAAAGUUUAAAAACUGUCGAAACCCUUGGCGCCGUUUCGGUCAUUUGUUCAGACAAGACUGGUACCCUCACAAAGAACCAGAUGUUCGUCACUGAAUGCUCUGUGAGCGGCGAAAAGAUUGCCGCAGACCAAGCACUUUCUGAAAUGAUCAAACAAGAGAAGCGAACCGCCGAUGGCCAGAUGACUGUCCCCGGAAAUUCCCUAAGCCAGCUCAGAACUGUCGCUGGCCUCUGCAAUGCUGGAGAGUUUGAUGCGGCUUCGAUGCACCUCCCUAUCCACCAGCGAAAGAUUAAUGGCGACGCUACCGACCAGGCCGUAUUGCGUUUCUCUGAAACUCUCGGCCCAGUUCAGGACCUUCGAAAUGCCUGGAAAAAGGAUUACGAACUAGCCUUCAACUCAAACAACAAGUUUAUGAUUCGUCUUAUGUCUGUCGUGGAUCAAGCUACUAUAUCUACUUCUUUGCCCACUGGCGAAGCUAGCAAAUUCGCUUCAGAUGACUUCGUUCUAUUUAUCAAAGGUGCACCUGAUGUCCUUCUCCCAAGAUGUCAUCACUACACCACCUCCGAUGGGUCCACUCGUGCACUCGACAGAACCGCUUUGGAGUUGAUCGAAACAAUAAAGGAUACUUGGUCCCGAGAAGGUAAACGAGUCAUCCUUCUAGCUCGAAAAGUUAUCAAGCGAGGAGAUCUCAAAGCUUCGAUGGACAGCAACGCAAUUGAACCUGAAGUUCUUGAGCAUGCCUCGUCUGCCUUGUGUCUUGUGGGUCUUGUUGGAAUUGUGGAUCCACCCCGAGAUGAUAUCCCAUACGUUAUCACCACGCUUCGCGGAGCCGGUAUCAGAAUCUUUAUGGUUACCGGUGACUUCAAACUUACUGCUCAAGCCAUUGCUCGCGAAAUUGGUAUCAUCACUGUCGAAGAUGGUCAAAUCGAAGGAUACGAUAACUUGAGCAAGCAGGCGAUCUCUAUGAUCGAUACUGAAAAGAAUGUUUAUCGGACUAUUCAGGAGAAUACCUCUGGUGGUCUUAGGGCUAUCGUUCUAAGUGGUCCUGAGCUGCAAGAAAUGAACGAAGCCCAAUGGAGAGACCUUUGCAAAUAUGACGAGAUUGUCUUUGCUCGCACAACUCCUGAGCAGAAGAUUCGUAUUGUUCAAGAGUUCCAGAACGAGAAAAACAUUGUUGCGAUGACAGGUGAUGGUGUCAAUGAUGCCGCUGCGCUUAAGAAGGCAAAUAUCGGUAUCGCGAUGGGUAGUGGAAGUGAUAUCGCCAUCGAGGCUGCUGAUAUGGUCCUCUUGGAAAACUUUUCCGCUAUCGUCGCCGCCGUGAGAUACGGUCGUGUUGUUUUUGACAACUUGAAGAAGACCAUCAUCUACCUUCUUCCCGCUGGUUCUUUCUCCGAAUUCUGGCCCGUCAUGACUUCCGUCAUCUUCGGUAUCCCUCAGAUUCUUAGCAGUUUCCUCAUGAUCAUUAUCUGCUGUGGUACCGAUUGUGCUGCCGCUAUCACACUCGCUUACGAGGCUCCCGAAGCCGAUGUUCUUUUGAGACCCCCAAGAGAUCUUAAAAAGGACAAAUUGGUGGACUGGAAACUCCUUUUACAAGCCUAUGGUCUCAUCGGUCUCACAGAAACUUUUACCAGUUUCGCAAUGGCGUUUUGGUACCUUCAACGCAAGGGUGUUCCGUUCAGUGCCCUUUGGCUCGGAUUUGGUAACCCCGUUCCGGGAGUUGACGCAGACUACGUCAAUGCCAGGCUUGCAGAAGCUUCAUCUAUCUACUUCGUUAAUUUGGUUGUUAUGCAAUUCUUCGUCCUCAUGGCGAUCCGUACCCGCAGACUCAGCAUCUUUCAACACCCACCGCUCUUCAACAAGGAAACUCAAAACGUCUGGUUGUUCCCAGCUAUGGUGUUCGCCUUACUUGUAGCCUUCUUCUUUAAUUAUACUCCACCACUAAGAAAGGUCCUCGGCACCGGAGAUGUCCCAGUUGAACACUGGUUCCUCCCUGUCGCCUUUGGAUUCUUUAUCUUGAUGGUGGAUGAGGCCAGGAAGUACUCCGUGAGGAAAAAUCCCAAUGGUUUCCUUGCAAGGAUAUCUUGGUAA